AUGCCUUCCAUCAUCACUGCACUCCUCACCCUGGCUCUGCCUCUCACCACCCUUGCCCUCCCUUCCGCCCUGGGCGACGCCUCCAAAGCUCCCACCGUCAUCGUCGCAAUCGAAGCAACUUGGGACCACUCCGGCACACCUUGCAACCAAUCCUACGCCUUCGACUUCAACUACCCACUUAACAUCAAAGGCCUCAAGGACGUGCAAGCUCUCUACCUGGAGCACACCAAGGGUCUGAAAGGCAAGGUGGUGUGCAAGCCACACUGGACCGACAAGAAGGGUAACUCGGUGGUGGGACUGUUCUUGACGAAGAAGACGCCUAGCCGGCUGCUGGAUAUUGCCGGUGGAUCGGAGUAUCAGAAGGCAUCAGAUUUGAGUCUGAAGUGCUCAGACACACGAGACAUUUAG